AUGUUUCUGCUAAAGACUCCUGCCGUAUUGUCAGUGUCCAGAGUAUGCACUCGGUUACUUCACUACAACGCCAGAGUUCUGGGUAAUUUAAUUUUCGGUCCGUUACGUAUAUCAUAGCGCCCAUAAGAGUUGGUAUGCCGUCAUUGUCGCCCACCAUGGAGAGCGGUACAAUUGUCAAAUGGCACAAAAAAGAGGGGGACACAAUUGCUUCUGGUGACGUUCUGUGUGACGUGCAGACCGACAAAGCCGUUGUUGGUCUAGAAACGGACGAGGAAGGUGUUAUGGCGAAGAUAAUUGUACGUUAUAUCAGCAAGCAUCCCCUGUUGCCUACCUUUUUGCUGCUUUACAAAUGCCUCAUAUGCACAGCGUAAUAAUUCUCGGUGCUGCCAAUUGUUAUUUGCACUGCAAAGAUUAUCCCUCCCUCCAGUUUGAAAUCUACUCAGCAAGUCAAAUAAUGUUACAGGCUUCUGCGUGCAUCUCUAUCACGACUGUUUAUUUAUCGUAGAAAGAGGCUGGCAGCACAAAUGUUGUCCAAGAGACGAUUGCAAUUAUUGCAACAACCGACGAGGACUGGAAAGAAGUGGCUGCGAAUGCUGAUGCAUUUCUUGCCUCUUCGGGAGCAGCUGCGCCCCCGGCCACUGCUGCACCACCACCCGCUACUGCGCCAUCAGAGCCGCCACCCGUAAAGCCUUCUGAUGGCAAGCAACCUCCCUUAGGGCCUGCAACGCGGCUCCUCCUUUCCUCUUUCGGCCUUACAGCUGACCAGGUAACAGGAACUGGCCCACGCGGACAGGUUCUGAAGGGGUAAGUCUUACUUGAACUGCCAACGUUGCCGAAUCCGAAAGACAUUUGUGGUCGAAGUGAGGUGGAUGUAAUCCUGAAGUUCGUAUUAGGACCAUUUAAAACUCACAUUAUUGUGCAGUUAGUAUACGGAAGUGGAGAUGGCUGGCGCUGGAGCUGCGUAAGGAUAGGUCUCGUUUUGAGACAGCGGCCGGCAUGACGUUUCCUGUCAUUAGAUUAGCUGUUUGUCCAGUCCUCUUAUUCUGUAAAUUUCCUUACAUAAUCUCUAAUGGGCAUGGGUUUGUUUAAACUAAAUUUGUCGCUCUCCAUGUCCAUGGCGUCCGAGUUGACCCCUCCACAUUUUCGUCAGCCAGAGUCGGAUCCAGGUGAGAUUAAAAGCUGCGAUUUUGGUUUAAGGUGAUGCAACACACGAUCGAACUCAGUCAGCCAGUAAGGAGGGUACAUUUGAUAUGCUGUGCCCCUGACCGAUAGUACGGCCGUCCGUUGCGAGCACGAUGAAUGACGAAACCAGAAAAUGCGUCGUAUCCAUCAUCAUUCUAACACAUCUAAGCGACGGGCAUGAAAUGAGAUACAUGUCUCAUAUGCGGUAGAUGUACCGGACGACAACAACUGACACUACUCCUGUGUCUAAGUCAGUCACGCAGAUCUCCGUAAGACGGCUAAUAUCGGCACUAUAGCUGGUAGGGGUACGUAUCCACUGCAGUUCUACUCGUAUGUCUGUAGGGAUACGCGUCGACGCUAUUUCCUACUUCUUUUCCAAGGUUUUCAGUUCUUUCGCUUAGCUUCUGACUCGGUAGUGGAUGUCCAAACGCGUUUUAUUCUGUAUGUAAUAGGUAUUGAACCGAAUGUAGCACAAGCGACGUUCCCAGUCCCAGCCUGCCAAAAGGCAAAGGCCUGAUAGGUCACAUGAGUGCCCAUGACAACGGGAUUCAACGCGACGUCAUCACAAUAUAUCUGCCUUAUGCACUUGGAAAUUCUCCUACCAUUAACACUAUAAAAUUUACCACCCGCAUCGUCACUACGAAUAGCAUCGCUACGUUUCCAACUCAUUAGCCACAGUUUCAUCCUAUUGCCACCGACCUGGUCGGGCUAUUGCCAAUCCAUCGCACUGAGACUGGCGUGUCAGUGGAAGAAGUCCCAAUAUACGCCCCUCGCACCCGCGUCCCCUGCUCACUGCCCAAGGACACUCCGCCAUUGCACGGGCCAUGCAAAUAUUCGACAAAGCCACGCCCUCAUCCCCAUGAUCACGCCCUAUCUUACCUGCCCACACAUCCCUAGGCCACAUGAACACUCAACACCACGCGCCACACUUCGUGACAAUCACCUUUUUCCGGCGGCAAGCAUGUGAUCCGUUUCGCCGUUGUUGUUAUGGCCUGUGCAACGUCACAUGCCAUCUCACAGAAGUGGGAAGUAUGCGCAUACACGCAUCCUGGUAGAUCGAGUCGUGAGUAGCACACAUAGAUCAACUGUUCAGUCCUGUCGGCCACUGCGCUAACUUUCAUAGGCUUGUUGACAGACUUGGACAGCAGACUAGCGCAUGAAAAAGAGCAGCCUGAGGCCGACACUGGACAUUCACCCCUACGACAAAUCAGCACACUCCUCACUACAUUGUCUGACGCGCACUAUCUAGCAUAGGGCGUUAAGAGUCGUAGGUUAGAAGGUUGCCAACUGACGGGACAACUCAGUCCGCGAGACCUGAGAGCCAGGUUCGAUGGUUCCUGGAUGUGGCCUUUUUGGCACUCACGAACGUGAGAUCCGAGCCUCUCUCUUGCUUCUGUAAGAAUCUGGUACAUUAUGUGGAGACCAGCUCGUGCGUGGCACACGUAGGCAGAUUGAUUGAUUUUGUCGACCACUGCGCCCGAGUCCGUCUCUCGUCUGGACAUUGUCUUGCCAUUGGAGCCUGGUGGGCGAGGGAGGAGAGAGUGGUAGAUUCUCCGCACAUCUACUCCACUAUAAACUAAUUCACGCCCAAGUUACCGGAGUCGCGCCACCACGCCGUAGAACGUACGGUGGACGCCGUCACUUGCAACAAUCAAACCCUCACAGUGUCUAGGUUUCUGGGCAGGUAC